UGGUGAAAGGAUUUUUAAUUAUUAAUGAACAAGACGAGAAAACCACAGGAGCUCUCUCGUCCCUGCGCUGGGUGCGGUCCUGUCAGUCGCUCCAGGCUCCAGACACUCCACAGGAAGUCCCGCCUAACCAGGAAGAAGAGCUACCUUAAGAGCCGAGCCGGAUACUGUAUCCUCCCUGCCCUCGGUGAUCGUCACUGCUGGGGCCUCUUGCUUGUGGGAAAAGCCCAGAGUGUAGCUCUGUCUUCUCCAGUGAGCACCCAGUGUGUCACUAUUGACACUAUGGACCUGGACAAGGACAUGGAUAGCCAGGAGGUGGUUGCGAUGCUGGAGGAGUGCAGACAGGCUACACUGGCCGGACCAGCUGAGGUGUCCGAGGACGUCGAGGAGCAGUGUCAGAGGUGUCAAGGCUCUCUCCCAGCCGACCUGAGGACUCUGCUUCAGGAGGCGGGGGAGAUGAAGUGGCCUUUCGUGCCGGAGAAGUGGCAGUACAAACAGUCCGUUUCUCCGGAAGACAAAACAGACCUCAAAGACCUGAUCAGCAAAAACCUUCCCAAGUUACUGAAUUAUUUGAAAGCUGCCAUCGUGGCUGGGGACUCCGUUUCGGCACUCUCCGCUGCCUUCUUGAUCGACCGUUUUCUGUACUGGGUAGAUGCUUCCCACAAGCUCCUGCAGAUAGCCAAGGCCCUGCACAAGCGCUAUCCCACAACCCCCGUCGCGCCCCAGCUGGUGAUCCGACAGGCCCGGCUGUCCGUCAACACAGGCAAAUUACAAAAAGCGGAGUUCAUAUUGAGCAGCCUGAUCAAUAACAGCGGGGCAACAGGAUGCUGGGUUUACCAGCAGGAGAGUGACCGGACCCUGGUACAGGCCGUCAGCAUCCAAAUCAGGGGGCAGAUUCUGCAGAAACUCGGACUGUGGCGUGAGGCUGCGGAACUGGUCUGGGCUUCUCUGAUCGGAUUCUGUGCGCUCCCCCAGCCAGAUAAGAAGGGCAUUGGAACAUCCCUGGGACUGCUGGCCAAUAUUCUGGCAUCAAUGAAUGAUCAGGAGUACGAAGCCUUUAAGACGAGCCCACAUGUUGACUUUAGCUGUCUGAAAGAGCAGGGCCACCGGCUGCUCUCGGCCGCUGAAGCCGCCCGGCGGGCCGUGGUGUGCAGCCGCUUCUCCCCGCUGUUUGUCCUGACGAACGCGGUCAUACAAGGGACAUGCCUGCUGUCCUACGGUCUCUCGGAAGACUGCCCGCCCGCAGAGAGGCGGGCCUUUCUGGGCCGGGCCAAGGAGGCGUUCGAAAUCGGCCUGCUGACCAAGACGGAGGACGACUCCGUCGCCAGCCGGCAGGAGCUGCACACGUUUGUCAAGGCCGCCUUUUGCCUGGCGGCCGCCCACCGGUGGCUGGGGCUGGGAGAGGAGGCCGCGGCGCGGGCGGAGCGGACGUGCCGCGAGGCCAUGGGCCUGCUGUACGCCUACGCCUCGGCGAGGGGCCGGGAAAAAGACCGGCUGUCGCAAGGCAUCAUGGGGCUCGUCGGCGGCGCGAAGGCCGCGCUGGGGGUCGCGGGGUUCCCCAAGUCGGACGGGAAGUCGUACGUCCCCGAUAGCUACCUGGUGAGGGAGGAGGAUCUGUUCCGGGUCCGGCCGGAUGGUUUCCACGGCGUCGUGAGGAGGUACGCCCAGUACCACGCCUCGGUCUGCGAGGCCUUCCAGUCCCCUUGCGGGCACCCCAGAACCGGGACGGGGGGCUCCGGGGGCGCCUGCAUCACCGCCUUGAAGACGGCGACCGAGGCCCUGGAGACCGAGUGUGGCCCCUGGGGGCGGCGCGGCGGGGCCGAGGCCAGGCGGAGAGAGUUUGCCAGGACGCGGGGGUGCGGGCACGGGGCGGGCAGCCCGGCCGGCGACGGCGGGAGCUCGGGGUCCUCCUCCUGGCACGUGGUGUCGGGCACGGGGUCCUCCGGCGGCUGGGAGGACCUGGGCGACGAAGCGCGCGGGCCCGCCGGGAGGGAGGGGAGAGACGCCGGGACCCUCGCUCGGGGUGAUGGGGACGGCGGCCACGGGGGUCCGGGGAGCGGGCCGGACUGGGGUGCCUCGGCCAUGCGGGAGCUCCGGCUGGACGGCCCGGGCGACGGGCUGGAUCCCGUCCAGCCGGCACGGAUGACGACCGCCGCAGCCGGUACGGGCUCCCCGGAGUCCGCGGCAGAUUCCGCAAGGCCGGGAGCGGCAGGGACGUUCCCGUUCGGUGCAGACGGGCAGACGUUUGCGGCUAAGGGGAGCGGCGGCGUCCCCGCGUGCCGCGAAGACGCCGAAACUGAGGACCCUUCGCUGGGCGAAACCGAUGACGUCUCUCCCCCGCCGCCCCUAAUGGAUGGUUACAUUUGUUACAGUGUUACAGAGCGCUUCACCCACCUGUGUUUUGCUCCAGACGCACUGCUGCUGAAGUACUCGAAGGUAUCGGACUCGUGGAGCGCCCGCGAAACCCAGGUUCACAUUGGCGCCUCCACCGGGAAGAAAGGCAAACAGAGGUCAGCGUUCUGGGUCCAGUUUCUACAUCAGGAAGAAGUUCUGGGCAGCUACGUGGGCAAGGAGUAUCAGUCUGAGAAAGAGCUGCGUUAUCACCUGAAUGACGUGGAGCGUCAAAUGACCGCACAGUACUACGUCACCGAGUUCAACAAGAAGCUGUACGAGAAGCAGAUUCCCAUGCAGAUCUACUUUAUCCCCUCAGAGGUCCUCCUGAUUCUCGAAGACAGGCUCAUAAAAGGAUGCGUGAGCGUGGAGCCAUACAUGCUGGGGGACUUCGUUAAGCUAACGAACAACAAGAAGACCGUCGUGAGGGACUACAGAGCCACAGACUACGGGAUAGCGUUCGGUCAUUUCACCUUCGAGUUCUCGGGCCACACUGAGAUUGUGGUUGACCUGCAGGGCUGGGUUACGGGAAACGGAAAAGGAUUAACCUACCUCACAGACCCACAGAUUCAUUCGCUCAAGAAACCCAAAUCUUCCUCGAAUUUUUAUCGGCAGGGCAUAGAGUACUUCCUUCAAGAUCAGCAUGGAGCCGACUGCAAUGAAAUCUGUCAGAUGCUUUCGCUCGGGAAACUUCCAGGGAUGUAGGAACGUCCGAAAACGAGAGCUGCCCGUCGGCUCACCUGGCUCGUCAGGGAGCUGUCGGCUUGUUGAUUCUAGGAUCUUAGCCGGCUGUUUCCUGAAAGAAGCCAGGAGUAUUGGAUUCGGCAACUUGUUCCAUACUCCCACUACCCUUUGGGUAAAGGAAGUACUUUUGGUCUAAAGAAGUAGUGCCCGUUGCUCUGGUUCGUGCUUCAGUGUUGAUGCCCAAGACGUCCACUGUCUUGACUCUUGUCAGAAACACUUGAGGAGAGUUUCAUCUCUCAGCAGGUUAAACAUGUGGAAAACCUGGACACCUUUAGAUCCUGCAGUCCUUUACCUCCAUUCAUGAAUGACGCACUUUAUACUCAAGCCUAAAACUAAAAUGUUAUCUCAAAGUCUGUAAUGUAUCAACUUAUGUAAAUAACACUGUCCUGUCAUAUUUUAUUGUGUUUUUAUUGUGUUGGAGCCCUGGAUACAAGAGUUGGUUGUGCUGUCUAUGGGGAGUUUGUAUUCUCUCAGUGUUCAACUCCAGGUGCUCCACUUUCGUCCCACAGUCCAGAGACAUGCUGGUGGGUUUAUUGGCUCCUGGGAAAACUGGCCCUGGUGUGAGUGUGCGUG